AUGGAUGAUGAUAAGCAGGAUCAGUUGUUGCCUAUUGCCAAUGUGGGUCGGGUAAUGAAGCAGCGCCUGCCACCAACAGCAAGGGUUUCGAAAGAAGCUAAGCAAAGAAUGCAAGAAUGUGCAACAGAGUUUAUAAGCUUUGUCACUAGCGAGGCUUCUAACAAGUGUCGCAAGGAGAAUCGCAAGGCAUUGAACGGAGAUGAUGUCUGUUGGGCUCUCAGUUCUUUAGGGUUUGAUGACUAUGCUGACACUACAGUAAGGUAUUUGCACAAAUACAGGGAGGCUGAAAGGGCAAAGGCUGACCAAAAGAAAGCUACUGACACUGACAAGGUCAACAAAGAUGAAGAAUCCAACGAUACAAGUUGCCAAGCAGUACAGCAGCAAACUGACCAGAUUCCUGAACCAACAAUAUUAGAGUUUAGGUUUCUUUAAGAAGCUACUGCAAUUAAUUAAUGGAAGUUCUCUCAGAAAUCAAUCUUGGGAAAUACUAGGGCCUAGUUCGUAUGACGGGGAUGAAGUAGAAGAUCAAAUGGAAGUUCUCUCAGAAACCAAUCUUGAGAAAUACUAAGGCCUUCUUCUUAUGAUGGAGAUGAAGUAGAAGAUCAAAACGUAGGCAAUACUACAUAUAUAUGGAGGAGAUCAGAGUUUUUUUA